AUGAACGGGUCGUCGUUUGGCUACUUCAGUCAACCUUUCCCCGAACCGGCCUACUUCUCUCUACACGAGCUACGCGAUGAAAUUGUACAGGUAGACAAUUGAUUUUUCAAUUUUUCUCGAUUGAAGUUGAAUAUUCGCAUUACAAAUCGAUUUUUUUCAGACUUCGCCACUUCUACGACUAAAUGAUGAUAUUUUGGACAUGAUAAUAGAGCAUGUUCCGCUCAAAGACCGCCUUCUCAAAGUUCGAUCAGUCUGCCACAAAUUGUCGGAUUCAGUGAAACGCUCCGUAAAAUCAAUCGAAUACCUACGCGACGAACUCGACUACUGCGAUGACGACAAGAUCUCGUUCUUCUUGUCAGUGUACGGAAAAAACGUUGAGCACAUUAACUACGAUCUUUUCCGCUCGUGCUCUUUGCUCGAGUACACUCAGUGGUCAUGGCGCCAGUCAGUGAUUUUGUCGGUGACAAAGUGUCCACAGCUGAAGCAGUUGGAUAUUUUGGUGUGCUGUCGGCACAGAUUGAGAGAUGGUGACUUGGCCGUCAUUUUCAAGCAAUGCAAUCAGUUGGAGGUGCUCAGAAUGGACGCCAACUUCAUCAAUGGACAUUGCUUUUUUGUGAGUUAGCUCGGAAAGUAUUUAUUCGUUACACGGAUUUUUCUUGCUUUUUCUAUCAUUGUCGAGAAUCUUGGUUAACGUGUUUAGCUUUUCCGCGUUGACUGUAAAGGCCGACAUAUACAAUUUCCAGGCAGAAUAUAUACUUCUGAAUCUUCUGAAAGUGUUCCAGAAGCAUUCACGUUUUUGUUAAAUACUUGCCUUACAAUUCUUAGUAGUAACAAUACGUUUUUUUUGCAGAAAGCUCCACAAUCUCUAAAAAAAAUUGAGUUGGAAUGCUGCCAAUCGAUGAACAAAUCGGGAAUUUUGGGAAUUUGCUCCCGCCUACACAAGCUCCAAACUCUCCAUUUAUCGCUUUUCACGAAUCUCGACGAGCAAGUCAUAAAAAAAAUCAGCGAAAUGCGAAAUCUCAGGAAUCUAUCGAUCAUUGCGGAUCCUGAACAGCCGAUGAAUCAGUUCCGACUCACCGAUCUCCGACGCCUUCCGAAGCUUUCCUUGCUCUGUUUGGAUGGCGUCAACAACGUCACCGACAAGUUUUUGGCGGAUUUAUGCGAUGCUUCAGCCGCCCCCGCAUCGAAAACCCUGGAGCACAUCUCGUUGGCUUGGUGCAAGAAUAUUGGUUCAAACGGAGUGUCCAAAUUGAAAAAUCUGCAAAAUUUGAAAAGCUUAAACUUGGACGGAGUGUCCAAAAGAGACAUAUCGAUUGGAGUGGAAGCCAUCGGAAAUUGCGGGCGGCUCGAAAGACUGCUGAUUUCGGAGGACGCGUUCGUUAGUCCGAAGACCGUCGUGGAGUUUGUGAACAAGUGCGAAUCGCUGAGAACGCUGGAUGUUUCAAACAAUCAUCGCCUCUCGGAUAAAUCGUUUGCCGAACAAGUGGUAAGUAAAGCUUCUGAGAGAAAACUUUUCAAAUUCGAAUUUUUCCAGUACAGUGCACGUGCCUACUCAUUUGGCAAACCAAUGGUGAUUUUGACGGAUAACAAGUUCGUCUGGCGUCGACUCCCCCCAUUUUCCUUUUCGAAUCGGGUUGAAGUCGUCGUAGUGAACGACCGUUAUCCGGACGAGUACGUUGAAUCGAUCUCGAAAGACAGCGCUCAACAGUUGCCACGUGGCUUCCUGAUACCCGAUUUGAGACGUGGUAAUCGGUACAAAAUGCUCGAUUAUAAUCGGAGUGCGUUGCAUUCUGGAAGUUUGAGCCCUGAGCCAAAUCAGGAGAAUAUGCCGCCACAGUCCAUGAUGGAUGUCGGAGAGUUGUCAGAGAAGGAGCAAGAAGAGUUUGCUCGCAUGCUCAUGGAACUUCAAGCCCCUUUCCAGGUAAAUUAAUAAUGUUUCAUUAAUUUUAAAAUAAUCGACUGAACUCUACCAAUUUUCAGAACGUUGACUGGAUGCAGUACAGUCAACUUGUGGUUCCACAAGCUCCUCCUCCGGGUCCUUCCUUCACGGACUUUGAGAACAGUAUCACUGUCGGAACAGCAGGCGCUCCUGGACCACCGAAAGCCGAGAAGAUUCUGAAGCACACACGUCCGAGCCGGCCGAAGAGACAGGCACAAAAAGAGCGCGCUCAGCAAAGACGAUCGGGAAAAGUGGCUCAAGCUCCAGAACCAGUCGGUCCUAAAUUCACAGAAGAUGAUUUCCCGCCACUGGGUUGA